CAAUCUCCACACCUCCUCCAGCAUAUCCCGAGCUGGUGCUCCCUGGUCCCGGAACUUGUCCACAAUGAGCCUCCAGCUCCGCAGCUCCGCCCGCAUCCCCAGCGGUUCCAGCUCGCCAUUCAUGCGGAUGGCGCCGCUGGUGUUUCUGUUGCUGUUCACGCUGCCGCAGCAUCUAGCUGAAGCUGCCCCUUCCUCAGUCAUUGCCGCAACGGAACUGCGUUGUGUUUGCUUAACCGUAACUCCAAGAAUUAAUCCCAAAUUGAUCGCUAAUUUGGAGGUGAUCCCUGCAGGUCCACAGUGCCCUACGGUGGAAGUCAUAGCUAAACUGAAAAACCAGAAGGAGGUCUGUCUGGAUCCAGAAGCUCCUGUGAUAAAGAAAAUCAUUCAGAAAAUAUUGGGCAGUGAAAAAAAGAAAGCUAAGCGGAAUGCACUCGCAGUGGAAAGAACGGCCAGUGUUCAAUAGAAAGAUUUCUGAGGACUCUGACCCCAGUGAAGAUAAGAAGAAAGGGCUGAUUCUCUCCACCUACGGAUUUUCUUUAUGAACUCCCUGCUUUGAUGAGAAAAGGGAAACCAUUGUCCCUGAAGCUUCCUGCUCAUCUUACGAGUGUAUUUAGCAAAAAUAUUUCCUAUUCUUUCCUAUCUGUUACACUAUCGGAAAUUGUGAUACUUUAGUGUGUAAGUCAAGAAUCAUUGGUUGUUAACCUUUCAAAAUGUCUUGAACUGAAGGUGACUAUUGCAUUGUCUCCGGAAUAUGUAUAUGUGUGUGCAUAUAUACAUAUAUAUAUAUAUAUAUAUAUAUAUAUAUAUAUAUAUAUCCUUUGUAAUGUGCAUGAGAAGGCAACGCCGUCAUCCUCUCUCUCAUGAAAUGGGAACCUCUUUUACUGUUGUUUCUUGGGUAUGUUAGGAGUGUUCUUACGUCUGAGCCUGGGCUGGCAUAUAACUUUUAUGGUUUUAGAAAGCUGCUGUGUCAUGCAGAAACCUGUGUAGAAUACAUUUCCUUAUUUAGAAUUUCUAAAUGUGUAAGUUCUAGAAGGAUCAAUGUGUUCUCAUCUUAUAAUUUUAGACAUUUGAUGUCUUCUUAGUAUGGCAUAAUGUCAUGACUUACUCAACAAACUGUAUACUAUUUAUUAAUUAUUAACUAGUUUAUUAGUAUUACUAUUUGGGGCACUAAGUAUAUAUUUUAGAUAGUAUAUAUUUUAGAUAGGUGAAGAAAGUAAGAAGCAAGGAAAUUCCUUACCUAGUUUUCAUAAAAAACAUUUAAAAGUUAUUUCUAGGGAGAGAAACUUUAGCAAAUAUCUAUACUCUUAGAGUUUUGAAAACAUACUUAACAUGUUUGAAUAUGGAUUGCUGAGAUAUUUAGAUGUCUGUAGUGUGUCUUUUAAAGAGUGUGCUUUGUUAUAAGGAAAUUAAUGAAUUCAUCACAUCCAUUAUUUUAAGCCUGUACAUCUUAUAGUGUCUCACUUCUUUAUAUGACUCUUUUGAGGAAAAUAAAGUAUCUCUAGAUUCCA